AUGUCAUCUGACUUCGUGGCUGGAUAUAUCAGCGGUGCUGUAGGUAUACUUAUCGGAAACCCCCUUGAUCUCGUGAAAGUCCGGUUACAAGCUCGAAAGGCCUCGGAUACACUUCGGACGAGCCCGCAAAGCCAUGGCUACUUUGAGUCAACAUCGUCGUUAAUCAAGGGCGCCGCUGCUCCAAUUCUUGGAUAUGGAGCCUUGAAUGCCCUACUCUUUGUUGCUUACAAUCGAUCUCUCAAGUUCCUGGACCCAUUGGUUGUUGAUCCAACUAAUCUUGACGCAAAUGUCUCGUUAAUGAAUAUAUGGCUGGCCGGCGCCGCUGGAGGCAUGGCCAGUUGGGUUAUAUCUUCGCCUACCGAACUCGUCAAAUGCCGGACGCAACUCAGUAGAAAUCAAACCACCUCUUCAUGGUCAGUCUUUCGAGACAUUCUCCGGAUGCACGGAGUCAGGGGCCUGUACUUUGGUGGUCUCAUCACGAGUGUCAGGGACUCUGUAGGCUACGGGUUCUAUUUCUGGUCGUAUGAAUUAUGCAAACGCAAUCUGACGACCCUAGAUGAGAGCAGCCAACAAGAAGCCCUAAAGGUCCUGUUCUGUGGUGGAAUAGCUGGCAUUAUCACAUGGGCUUCUGUUUUCCCACUUGACGUGGUGAAGACUAGACUGCAGGCCCAACCUUUGAUUGCACACACAGCCACCGAAGUCGCAGAUGCACAGCAAAGACCACUUCUUCCGACGUCACCGACUAGGCUGCGAACACUCAACUCUUUAGAAAUUGCCCAAGAUGCAUACCGUAGCGAGGGACUCUCUGUCUUCUUUCGUGGACUAGGCAUUUGUAGUGUACGUGCCUUUAUAGUCAAUGCUGCUCAGUGGGCUGUAUAUGAAUGGUUGAUGAAGGAAUUCAAUAAAGCAUCCACAGCACCCCAUGUGAGCAUAUAG